AUUCACACUUGUUGGAAAUAUUUGUGGUUGCAUUUAUGUAUACUCAAUUGCAUAUUCAUUUCUAACAUUAAAUCAGUUAAAAAUUCAAUAUUAUGCCAAAAUACUACAUUUCAAUUAGGUCUAUUAAGUAUGAAGGAAAUAUUACCACAGCUACACUUUUGUGUGUAGGCUCAAAUUUUUAUAAAUUUUUGACCCAAAAAAACAAACUUGUUGAGAUCUUAAGAUGAUGCAAUGCAGUUAACCAAACCAAAUAAGAGUGUAAUUGCUUUAGAUUAUGUAAUCAUUUUAUUUAAACCAUUUACUUCAAUUUCAAACAAGUUGCCGUGUCUGAUCCACCUGUUUUGCCUACAGUAGCUCCUGUUGUUGCCUUAUAUGCAAGUUAAAGAUCUGUAUGUGUUCUCAGUGUUCUUGUUUUCAAACUGCUCAGGGCUCAGGGUUUGCUGUCACCUCUUGCUCUGCAGCAGUGUUUGUUGUUCUUGCCCUGUGGGUUUGCAUGUGUUCUUGCAAAUGCAUCAAAUCACUAUAAAAGUCAGCUUAUUUAAAUACUUCUAUAUGAAAAGGUAACGUGCCUUAGAGGAUGAAUUACUCAGGACGCAUUUCAAAAGGCUGUUAGCUGUAGGCACUGUGGCUUAGUUGGUCAAAGCGCCUGUCUAGUAAACAGGAGAUCCUGGGUUCAAAUCCCAGUAGUGCCUGUGUAAUUGUUUUGUGUUUUUUCUUUAUCAGGAACACAAACAUCGCUUUAAUGUGAGGUCCAGGUUUUACAGCCAUAUGCAAAUCAUAAUACAGGCAAAAUGUCACUAACCGGGGUAGCGUGAACUGUAGUUUAUAUGUAUUAUGUAUUAUGUAUUAUGUUUUAUUUCAGCAAAUGAGAAUGUAAUUUAGCAAAAGAAACGUAAAUUAACUAUGCAUUUUUAUUUUUAGGACUCCAUUGGCCACUGUGUAGUGACAGUGGCUUCUCUUUCCUGGGUCCCCACAAGUUUUUUAAACAUCCUUUUUUUUUUUCAUAUUGUACAGAAGCUUAGGAAAUGAAUUCCAUGCUAUCACUGCUUGAUAAUUAACUGUUCCCUGUGUUAAACUAGUUCUUCAUGGAGGAAACAGAAAAUCACCCUCUGAUCUCUGAUGCCUGCCGGGUAGAAUAAUGAUGCCUGUCUGAAAAAAAAGGUAGGUUAUUGUAAAGUAUUUGAUGCAGCCUGCUUUUUACACUUAACCAAGCCAAACUGUUGUUGCAUUCAGACUUGUUUGGUAAAGGCAGUGAAAUGCACUGUCUGCUUGUUUAUUCUGUGCUUCCAGCAACCUGUUCAAAUUACUCUCUGUUGUAAUGGAGCGGAUCGCAGAACAAUAAUCUAACUGUGAUAACACUAAUGCUCACACUUAUCAUUUGGUUAAAUAGCUAGGCAUGAAUUUUCCACAGUUGCCAUGCCUCUGCCCGUGAUCCCUAAUAACUGUUCCUUGUUCAAUAGCUAUAUUUCCUGCAGCUAAGUGUAAAAUAGGUGCCACUUAUAAUGAAUAUUUUGAACCAAAUACCAUGCCUUUUUAUCUGUUCUACAUUUAGAACGUAUUUAUUUACCAUUACCAGUUCUUUAAUUAACUUAAAUUCCUCAUUUAAAACCAUAAAAAAGUCUCCAGAUGUGUUUACUGAUGCAUAUCAGUGUUUACUGAUCAUCAGGAUCAACCUCAAAUGUCAGCGUGCCAGUGUCUAGGGUGGUUGCCCUUGUAGAAAAACAAACCAAAAAAAAUGUAAAUUUACAUGCAAAUGUAAAAGGAAAAUCAAAUCAAAUUAAAUGAUUAUAUUUGUCUGUUGAUGAGAACUGUGAACACAAGAAUACUUAAAAGUCUCACUCUGCUUUGCAUCACUGAAUACAUUUGACUAGAGACACGAAAGAUUUAGUUUGUGCAUUUGACGGAUAUUGACUUGAAUGACUCAGCCCUCUGUCAGUCCUGUCUGUGAAUACAGAGCAUCUCUUCCCUUUUCUACAAACGUACACUACGCUGAUCUUCCUGUGUUGGUGCCAUCAUUUAUGCCUCUUUGAAGAAAACAUGGAGAGAAACAUCCCCGGUCUUCUCCUCCUCCAACUCGUCUUCUUCGUCCUCCCCGGUCCUCCAUGUGUGGUGACUUCACACCUGAAAAUUUCGAAGGUUGUCCAUGUCUCCCUUCCGAAGACCUGGUUUGCUGCUCGUAGCUACUGCAGAGAGACCUACACUGACUUGGUCACCAUCAGGAGUGAACAGGACGACAUCAAGCUUGCCAUGUAUGAAGGUUGGAUUGGUUUGCGUAUUGGAUCAGAUGGUGUACAGAGCUGGUCCAGUGAAGAUGCGAAUACCAGAUUAAGCAUAUGGAAUUUUGAGUUGUGCGUUUUGAGGUAUAACCUAAUCUGGGAAAGUCAAAAGUGCUCUCAUCUUCACCCCUUCCUGUGUAUGGAUGAAAGACUGAUUCUGGUCCAGGAGAUGAAAACAUGGGAGGAAGCCUUGCAGCAUUGCAGAGAGCUGAAUGAUGUGGAGUCCACUGAGGAAGAUAACACACUCGUGUAUGACCUUGCCAGCCUGCCAGAAGCAAAUAACAUUCUGCUGUUUGGAGAGACAACACAACUGACUGCAACCACUAAUGAGGUGUGGGUCGGACUGCGUUUCCUGGCUGGUGAGUGGUUGUGGGUGAGCAGUGAGGAGGUGAUCAGCUCCUACCUCCCUAACUGUCCUGCCCAGCAGCAGCACUGUGGUGCACUGGUUCACAACAGUAUGCAAUGGAAGAUAAUGGACUGUUCUGAGAAAAGAACAUUCCUCUGCAGCAUAAAACCGUGAACACUAAGCCCCCGAUCUUGAAGUUUAACUGCGCUCUCAUUUUAACAUGAAUGAAUUGAGCCCUGGAAAGGAAAUUAUAAAAAAAUAUUAUUGAUGGGAAGGAAAAAAAAUACACCUAACUCUACAUUCUCUCAAUGUUUUCUCCUGAAAGAAUGUAAGUAAGAAAUAUUUUGUGUGGAUGAAAGUGCAUUCAGUCAAAUGCCUAAUGGCAGAGGAAGAAGAUGGAGACAUGUUCUUAUAGAUCAAAGUACUCUCAUCAUUGGUACAGCGAGACUGGUUAUUUUGGAAUGAGGAAUAUUAUAGGAAGUUUUACAAUUAAACAUUUUAAGUUAGACCUUAAUUCCGUUAAGUUAGACCUUUAAUUACGUGUGACAAUCAUGCCCCACAAUCAUGCCACAACCCAAGCAGUGAUUUCAUUUCAAGGCUCAAAUGAAAACUAAAUUAACUGCAACGUUGUUGUUUCUCAGAGAUACGCUGACCUCUUUAAUCUUUUGAGAGAAUUUGACACAGACAUUACAUAUAUAAACAAACCUUUCUGAUUGUCAUAAAACAUUAGUAAUAGUUAUUUUUUGUUGCUGUAUAGUGUUAGUCCUCAUAAUAAUAAAAAAAAUUCAAUCAGUUUAUAACUGAUAGCAGGUUCAUGUACUGUUCAUAUAAGUGUGACUCAGAAUGAGUGAUAAUGUUUCUCCGUAACUCUUGGAUGUAUAAAUAAUCUAACAAGUUUUUCCCAACAGGUUUUUCUUAAACUUAAAAUGUGACAAUAUGUCACAGUGUCAUGUUCAAAACUUGUUUCUGCUGCCUCCAUGUGGCCAGAAAUAAUCAGCUAUUGCAGGUUACAGUGAUUGAUCGAACUUUAAUAAAACACCUAUUCAUGAGACUUACUCAGAAUUAAUUUUUGUGUCAUUAUCUUCAGUUUACUUACAGAAAGUUAGAAACAUCACCACAUUAACUAUGACAAUGUCAGCAAAAACUGAACAUUAUGGGCAUCAUAAAAUAUAGAUUCUAUGGCAGAGUAGUUGUACUGUAUGGUAUUGGCUUGCAUAAGUGUCCAGCAGUGGUUCAGAUUGGUUCUGCUUGUUUUGUGUCACAAGUUAAUGUGCUUAAUUAAAUUCUAUUAUAUUUUUGGGCAUGUAAGGCUUAACAGCAUGUAACAGCUAGAGUUAACAAAUUUAUUCAUUUUUGAAUAUGCCUAAAUGUGUAUCUAUUUUUACAUGAUGCUUCUUAUCCUGUGGGUACAUGGUCAGCCUGCUACUGGUUUUCAGAUAUCCCCUGUGUGAUUUUGUUUUCCACUAGAGGGUACUCCUGACCACAUCACAGAGGGUCAUGGUUAAACUGAGGGAACAUUCAGUCAUCUUCUGUGCUGCAGAAAUCUGAAAAAGUGUCGUCAUAAUUUCUGCUUACAAAACCUUUAUUUUAAUUUAAAUGCUUACUUGAAUACUCCUUUUAUCAUUGUGUUUAGACAUUCAUUGACAAAAGGCUUGAAAAAAAGUUCUGUCCGUGUCAUUUGACAAACACACAACAGAGAAAAUCCAUACCAAGGGUCAGCCCUACAGUCUCUGGCCUACCUCCUUUUCAUGUCAUAUGUUAUCACCUUAGAUGUGUUGACUUUAUUUUCCAGAUGUUGGAUUUAAUCUAUCUUGAUCUGCACAGUGCAUACAAAUAUAAAAGUAUUCCAUUAUUUACAUCAUAUAAAUUGUGAUGACUACACAUACUUUUUUACAUCUCAUUGCCUCGCGCCUGUCUUAUAAAUGCAGAGUAAAGCAGGGAAAGAUGCGUUUAGUGAGCUGAAAAACACAGUCUGUCCAACCAGACAUCACAAGGAGGAUCCCAUAGACUUCACCUUACACUUACAUAACACACCAGUCAAAGCAUCAUCCUGUUUAAGAGAUAUUUGUAAUGCCACCGAGACAUCCUCACCCAGGUGAUUUUACACAAUUCACACCCUUUUUCAUGUGACUCCCAUGUGAUUUCAGUGACUUCAUCAUCUUUCAAGUGACAGCAAGUUGUGCACAGUCCACCAGGGUCUCAAUGCCAGGGAUUCCCCUCCAUUCUGAGGAACUGAUGUAUCCUUUUGGAUGAGUGGCAAGGUAUCUUUAUCUCUGCAGCUGUGGGGACUGAGCAACGUAAUUGACAAUGGUAAAUGUUCCCCAGGUAUCCAUCAACUUGACU